UUCAUCGUCGUCCUAUUCUUCUUCCUAUUCUUCGUCUUCGUCUAGGUAUUCGGAGUCCGAGUCUGAGUCGCUGUCCUCGACAUACUUCUACUCGCACUUUUCCCUCGCCGAUUCGUUUUUGAAUUUUCAUCCUCAUCCUCGUCCUCUUCCUCACUUCUCUGCCACCGUCAAGGAGAAAGACCAAGGACAAGAACAAGUCAAAUCCACCUACCAACCUCCUCCAAUUCCAUCCACUGAAGACACAAUGGCCGACUCUUCCUCCCCAGGCCCUACUUCCACUCCCACUACCAAUCCCUCAUCCACAACUACCCCCAAACCACCCUCCAAGCCCCCCUCCCCUACUCCCCCAACUGCAUCUGUUCCCGCUGCAGCAUCUACACCAAAACCUCCUUCUCCCACCCCAAUCCCAACUAACAUUCCCCUUCCCACCAGCAACACCCCCACCGGCAACCGCCGCAACAACCGCGCCGAAGAAGAAGCCGCCAGCGCCGCCAGCGCCAUCCUCCCCAACGAAGGCAUGAAGGCCCCCGGCUUGACGGCCAACAAGGAAGAGAAAUCCAACCUCAAGAUCAGCAUUCACUUGAACUUGCAUGCUAAGGUGAAGUUGGAUUUGGAUGCGCAGUUGUAUGGUGAUAUUGUUAUUGGGUUGUUGUAACCUUGUUACUUUGGAAUGUAUGUGGGAUGAGGUGAGGCGGUGUGUGUAUGUAAGGGUAUCUUAUGGAUGAAAGUAUGAUUGAAUGGAAUGAAAUGGGUAUAUGAUUAGUUUCAG